GCCCCGUCUGCGCACAACGAGGUCAGCGAAGGAAGGAGCGCGCCAGCAGACACGCGACGUCCUCCAUCCGCCACAUCCGCCAAGUGAACAGCGAGUGAGCCGGGCCAGCGAUGCCGCCCCCCACUGCAGUGACCCCUCCGGACGGGGGCUGGGGUUGGGCCGUGGUGUUGGGAGCGUUCAUUUCCAUCGGUUUCUCCUAUGCCUUCCCGAAGGCCAUCACCGUCUUCUACAAAGACAUCCAGAUCAUCUUCGGCGCCUCCUACAGUCAGAUCGCAUGGAUCUCCUCCAUCAUGCUCGCCGUCAUGUACGCCGGAGGACCCAUCAGCAGUGUGUUGGUGAAUACAUACGGCUGCAGGCCCGUAGUGAUCAUGGGAGGUGUCCUGUGCUCCUUUGGCAUGAUCUUGGCCUCCUUCUGCAACAACGUAGUGCAGCUUUAUAUGUGCAUCGGCGUUAUUGGAGGACUUGGGCUAGCUUUCAACCUUCAACCAGCGCUGACGAUGAUCGGCAAAUAUUUCUUCAAGAAACGCCCCAUCGCUAAUGGGCUAGCGAUGGCUGGCAGCCCCGUCUUCCUCAGCACCCUGGCUCCUCUCAACCAGUACCUCUUCAACACCUUCGGGUGGCGGGGCAGCUUCCUCAUCCUAGGCGGCCUGCUCCUCAACUGUUGUGUGGCUGGGUCCCUCAUGAGGCCCCUGGAGCCGCUGCAGGGUAAGGCCAAGAAGGAUGAGGAGCUGGCCCCUGUCGCCACCACCAAGAAACAGAAGGGCUCCACCUGGGAGAUCAUCAACAAGUACCUGGACCUGUCGCUGUUCAAACACCGCGGCUUCCUCAUCUACUUGUCUGGUAACGUUAUCAUGUUCGUUGGCUUCUUCUCACCCAUCGUCUUCCUGGCGGCAUAUGCCAAGGACAUGGGUGUGGACGAAUACUCGGCCGCUUUCCUUCUCUCCAUCCUGGCUUUUGUCGACAUGUUUGCUAGGCCCUCCAUGGGGCUGCUGGCCAACUCACGGUGGAUCCGGCCGAGGAUCCAGUACUUCUUCAGCAUCGCCGUGCUCUACAACGGCGUGUGCCACGUCCUUUGCCCACUGGCAGACAGCUACACGGGUCUGGUAGUGUACGCGAUCUUCUUCGGAUUCGCCUUCGGCAUGGUCAGCUCGGUUCUGUUUGAGACGCUGAUGGACCUGGUCGGGGCUCAGAGGUUCUCCAGUGCCGUGGGACUCACCACCAUUGUGGAGUGUUGCCCGGUCCUGAUCGGGCCGCCGCUAGCAGGGAAGCUGGUGGACGUCACCAAAAGCUACAAGUACAUGUAUUUUUGCUGCGGGGUCAUCGUGAUCGUGGCCAGUAUUUGGCUUUUCAUCGGCAACUUCAUCAACUACAGACUCCUCGAGCAGGAACGCAAGCGGGCGGAGAUGUACAAACAGACCGAGACCGAGGACCCCGACCGGGACCAGAUCCAGGACGGGGACCAGAAGGAGGCCGACGGGGACACCCUGGCGGCCGCGACGGAGCUGGUCAACGAAAGUGAGAAAGGCGAGGAGCCCAUGCAGCGGGAGACCAACAUCUAGACCUCUCCGUCAGUCCCAACAGCUCACCAACCACCAAAUACCGCCAACUUGAACCGAAGGCUGCCACCUUCACUGACGUCGACGACCCUCGAACGCCCUCCGACGCGAUCAAGUCGAGCUCCAAAGCCGAGAGGCGUCCUCGUUGUGGGGGGGGUUGUCACUUUCCAGGCUCUUCCAACACGAAACUGCCAAAGUCUACACACACUGUGUUGUACCACCGCCACGGCCACCAGACGUACCUGUCAAUCAGGUAGCGGCAGCCGCAACCAAAAACAAAACGUCACAGCCGGGAGAGAGAUGCAAAAGACAUGCGUAGGACAGGAGGUUUUCAUAUCAAAGAACAUGAUGGAGAGUCUCAUAGUUCAGUCUUUCAGAACAGUAUCGUCGUAUUUAGCGUGUACCACCGUUCCAACACCAGUGACCUGAAUUCACCUGUUCACCUGUACAGUGUCCAACCAGAUCUAUUUAGCCAAUAUGAAUUACUAACAGAGUCAGGGGACGUGAGGGAGGGCAGAUUUGCCUGCAGAAAGUAGAGGUGGUAGAAGGAUCCUUUUCCUGGAUUCCUUAUACUGGGAACCAGUGUCCAUUCAUGGAGAAAGUCUUAAACCAGAUGCUGAACCCAGGAUGUCAAAAAUAAACGAGUUCACCCAUCCAGCGAUGAUAUAUAUAUUUGUGGCUCAGGUUAGCAAAGCAAAGAGAAGAAAACCAAAUGUAUAACUGCACUGGUUUGUAACGUGGCAGUAGGGGGCCGUAAAAUUCCUAAAUCCUUAAGAUAACGAUGAAUUUGAGAAAUGGGGAACGAACGAGGAACAGAUGAGUUCACGGCCAGCCUCGCCGGUGCCGGCGUAUGAUGCUGCCCUCCUUUCCAGCACCGUUACUGCUGUGUCGUCAACCUGCGCAAACCUUUCACUACUUGAGAUCCAAGUAUGAAAACUUCCUAUAGUGUAUCUAUUGUUGCAUAUUGCACUCAGAGUUUAUGUAUGCUGCACUUGAAAAGAAAAU